GCGCCUGCGGGGUGGAGACGGGCCCUGCCGCACCGCCUCCGCCGCCUCCGCCGCCCCGCAGGCUCCGGGCCCUCACACUCCAGCGUCUGCCCGGCCCAUAGUCUCUGCGUCCCAGCGUCUGUGCGUCCCGGCACCGGCAAGAUGACGCUCAAGUCGAGCGAGAGCGAGAGUGGGGGCAGCAUGCGUACGGCGCUCUCCGACCUCUACCUGGAGCACUUGCUGCAAAAGCGCAACCGGCCCGAGACCGUGUCACACCAGUUGAAUGCCGUGACCGAAGACAUGUAUACCAAUGGGUCUGCUGCCCCAGGUAGCCCUGCCCAGGCUAAGGGGCAGGAAGUACGGAAGGUGCGACUCAUACAGUUCGAGAAGGUCACAGAGGAGCCCAUGGGGAUCACUCUGAAGCUGAAUGAGAAGCAGUCCUGUACGGUGGCAAGAAUUCUACAUGGUGGCAUGAUUCAUAGACAAGGCUCUCUUCACGUCGGGGAUGAGAUCCUGGAAAUCAAUGGCACAAACGUGACUAAUCACUCAGUAGAUCAGUUGCAGAAGGCGAUGAAAGAAACCAAAGGAAUGAUCUCAUUAAAAGUAAUUCCCAACCAGCAAAAUCGCCUCCCUGCACUACAGAUGUUCAUGAGAGCACAAUUUGACUAUGAUCCCAAAAAGGACAAUCUGAUUCCUUGCAAGGAGGCGGGACUGAAGUUUGUCACUGGGGAUGUUAUCCAGAUCAUCAACAAGGAUGACAGUAACUGGUGGCAAGGGCGGGUGGAAGGCUCCUCCAAGGAGUCAGCAGGACUGAUCCCUUCUCCUGAGCUGCAGGAAUGGCGAGUGGCAAGUGUGGCUCAGUCUGCUCCGAGCGAAGCCCCGAGCUGCAGUCCCUUCGGAAAGAAGAAGAAAUACAAAGACAAGUACCUUGCCAAGCACAGCGCAAUUUUUGACCAGUUGGAUGUCGUUUCCUAUGAGGAAGUUGUUCGGCUCCCUGCGUUCAAGAGGAAGACCCUGGUGCUGAUCGGAGCCAGUGGGGUGGGUCGCAGCCACAUUAAAAACACCCUGCUCAGCCAGAAGCCGGAGAAGUUCGCAUACCCUCUCCCGUAUACAACACGGCAGCCUAAGAAGAAUGAGGAAGACGGGAAGGAGUACCACUUCAUCUCCACGGAGGAGAUGACCAGAGCCAUCUCUGCCAACGAGUUCCUGGAGUUUGGCAGCUACCAGGGCAACAUGUUUGGCAGCAAAUUUGAAACAGUGCACCAGAUUCAUCAGCAGGACAAGAUCGCCAUCCUUGACAUUGAGCCCCAGACCCUGAAGAUUGUUCGGACAGCAGAACUUUCACCUUUCAUUGUGUUCAUCGCACCUACUGACCAGGGCACUCAGACGGAAGCCCUUCAGCAGCUGCAGAAGGACUCAGAGGCCAUCCGCAGCCAGUACGCACAUUACUUUGACCUCUCACUGGUCAAUAAUGGUGUUGAUGAAACCCUUAAGAAAUUGCAAGAAGCCUUUGACCAGGCGUGCAGGUCUCCACAGUGGGUGCCUGUCUCCUGGGUUUACUAAGCUUGCAGAAUACAGGGAACUACUGUACACCCCUCUCCAGUAUCUGAAACUCCAUUCCCCUUGCUUUGAGACAAACAGGGUCACUCCAGCUAGAUUUGUCAGCUUUCAGCUCUAUGCAACUAUCCUAAUUAGGCCAUAGGGUGUCAGUCUUGUUCAAGCUCCUGAAGGGCUGGGCUCUGGUUUUCUGGAUACCUGGGGCCCAUGAUUAUAGAUUUCAAAAGGAUCCCUGGCAAUUGGGGGCCAGAAGUACUAUCCAAAUGCUGUUAAUCAAAGAUGGUGCACAAGGGGAUGAAAAGCAAUGGACCCUGUCCCUCGAAAGCCUCAGCUCCUUCACCUUUAAUCACACUGGACAUUUCAUUUGUCUUUACUUUGAAGAAAGCACUUUUAACUGCAACUUUCUAAAAUGCCAAAACGAAACAGCUGUGCUAUAGGAUGUGUGCUCUAAGAAAACCCUCAAAAGCAAUAAAAAUGUUGCUGUGUUAAAAUGCCAAAAA